AGCGCCCGCCGGGCUCCGCGCGUGGGUAGCCUUGUCCGUGGAAGCGAGCUGGUGAGGCGGGACCUGUCACCGCGGAGAAUGGACCCAAGCAUCAGAGGUAGAUCCCAGCCUCACUGGGUAUGCUGGAUAAUGUGUUGUGGGGUUCUAGCUAUGAAUAGUGGCAAGUGGAUUAUGUUCCAGGAGACUUUAAUACAUAUUACUGAGACCUGCUUUGGAGACUGGAAUCACAGGAGUCUUCCCAAAGUCAACAUGGCCAAACGCAUCAGCCAGGAGACCUUUGAUGACGUGGUGCAAGAAAACAUCAUGGAGUUUGACAUGGACCCUGAGGAGGCCGUGAAAGAAGCCGUCCAGCAGUUUGAAUCUCAAGGGGUUGAUCUGACCAACAUUGUAAAAACGAGACCCAAAACAUCUGCUUGUGGUGACCAAGGGCCAAAACAUGAAAUUUUGCAGACACUGGAGGCUCUCCAGAAGUCUGUCGACUCUGCAGCCCCCCAGGAGGUGGCGGAACACCUUGUGAGCUUCAGUGAGCAGUGUCGGGGGCAGGUCGCCAGCCGCUACCUGGCUGCCCAGAAGGGCGCAUACCCUGUUGUGCUCUCGGCCUGCCAGCAAGCCGUGACAGAAGACCAGGGCUUCUUGAUAAAGGCCCUGAAUGCCUUGGCUGCCCUGACUGAGGGCCAGCCAGAUCUGCUGGAUCCCAGGGGCCUACAGCUGCUAGUGGCCACGCUGAAGGAGCGUUCAGGGAUAGCUGAAGUGAUGUGCUCUGGGCUCCGCUGUGUUCGACACGUCUGUCUCAAGCAUGAGCAGAACCGGCAGAGCUUAGUGAGAGCGGGCAUCCUGCCUCUGCUAACUGGGGCCAUCGAGAGGCACAGCUGCAGAGCCAACGUGGUCAAGGAGGCCUGCUCCGCUCUGAGAAUCAUGACAUUUGAUGAUGACGUCCGAGUGCCCUUCGGCCAUGCACAUGACCAUGCCAAGAUGAUAGUUCAGGAGAAUAAGGGCUUAAAGAUUCUCAUAGAAGCCGCCAAAGCAUUCCCAGACAAUCCAACUCUUCUCGGCGAGCUGUGUGGUACUCUAACCCGCCUGGCUGUUCGGAACGAAUUCUGUCAGGAGAUCGUCGAUCUAGGGGGCCUCCACAUCAUGGUGACUCUUCUGGCUGACUGCAUCAACCACCAGGAGCUGGUACGGCAGGUGCUGGGCGCCCUCCGAGCCAUUGCUGGCAAUGAUGAUGUAAAGGAUGCCAUCGUCAGUGCAGGUGGAACAGAUUUCAUCGUGAUGGCGAUGACCCGGCAUCUCUCCAGUCCCCAGAUCUGUGAACAGAGCUGUGCUGCCCUGUGCAUGCUGGCCCUGCGCAAGCCGGCCAAUAGCCGGGCGAUCGUUGAGGGUGGGGGUGCCUUGGCAGCCCUGCAGGCCAUGAAAGCCCACCCGAAGGAAGUCAGCGUGCAGAAACAGGCUUGCCUGCUGAUUCGUAACCUUGUAGCCCGCACACAGGCCUUCUCCCAACCCAUCUUGGACAUGGGGGCCGAGAGGCUCAUCAUGGAAGCCCGGGCCACACAUCGGGAAUGUGAUGAUGUGGCCAAAGCUGCCCUUCGGGACCUGGGCUGCCAGGUGGAGCUUCGGGAGCUCUGGACAGGCGAAAAGGGAUCCCUGGCUCUCUGAGGCCCCUCUUGCACCAGCAGGCUUCAGAAUGUCCCACACCUCACCUGGGAGCACAGUGCUGCUCAGAGGCCCCAUGGAGAGUCUGUUACCUUCCGCUGGCCCAGAAGUAAAGUCCUCUACCUUGGGCUCCAGAGGGAGCCCACUGGCCCCCUUGGUGUAGUUUUGGUACCACCUCUCUCCUGCUUACUUCUGAAGGCCAUAGUUGAGAGCAGAUUGGUUUGGAUACAACAGGCCCCCUUCCUCUUGGAGUGAUUUUGGCCAUUCCAUGUCUUGUUUGUUUUAAUAUGACAGUCUCCUGGUGGCCUUGUGUGUCUUCUGCUUUAGGCCAAGAUGCACAUUUCUGUGAAGGUGGGAUAGCCUGGGACAGCCAGAGCCAGUCAGUAGACCACCUUAUCACUUUGUUUAAAACAGGGUAAAGAAUGAUGUCUGAGAAAUGCUUCUUAGAUACUGAAGGCUAACCAGUAAAAACCUGCCUCCCCAUUCAUUCUCCUGAUACUGCAGAUCACCCCUUGGCUGGCCUCUUCUCCAGUUACUUGCCCCAGAUCACAUCCCCAAUCUCGCAUUGCCAGCCCUCAGUCUUGGAUCCCUCCCUCCAUCCUCUGCCUUGCUGGGGAAUGAAGGUGGAGAAAAUCAUAAAACUGUGCUGACUGUACAUUUAUGUUACAUAAUCUUCCAUAAGCCUGCCUUUGUGGCUCCUCAAACAAACACUCCAGGCAUUUUCUCUGGCUGUCCCCUCAUGCAUGAAAUGCACUCUCUCUCCUCAUCUCCAGCUCCUUUAAUUUCCAACUAAAAGUCCAUCUUUCACUGGAAGUCUUCCCCAACCCUCGCUAAUUCUGGUGCCUUCCCUCUGUACAUUAUUUCCUGUUUAUCUGAUAUAGAGCUUGUUUGUAACUACCUGUUUGCUUGUCAUCAUCCAUAUUAACUUGUGAGCUCCUCGGGGGCAGGGGCUGUCUUUUGCCCUUCCUUGUAUUCCCAGGACUUAGCACAGUGCCUGGGGCACAUAGUAGGUGCUUAAUAAAUGUUAAUUGACGGCCUGUCCAGGCUGGGUAUUUGGUUAUGUCCUACAUCCCAAGCUUGGGGAUGCCAGGUAGCUUGUGAGAGCAGCCCCCACACCAGGUGCUAGGCUUAUUCUCUGAUAGCACUGUCAUGCGUUCUAGAGCUGGGCAAGUCUGCUUCUCUGGUCUUCCUCUUCCUUCCCCCUAAGUACCUCCACACUCCCAGCCUGGCCCUCCUACUGGUGACCUGGUCUCUCUAGCCUUCCCACCUACCACCUGUCCUUGUGCCCCACUCUCUCUGCCUGCUGGUUAAUAAUGGCAUCAAAAGCAAAUGCCAACUUGUUUGUGGCGGUUCUAAACCUCAGCACAUUUGUUUAGCACUAAGGAAUUAUUCUUCAAAUCCAGUUGUCAGACUGGUCUACUGGAGUUUGAUUCACAGGACAAACAAAAGUACAUAAUAAUAAGUUAUGUAGAAAAGUGUCAAGGUGGCUAGGUGCCACUGAAGAUAGAGUACUGGUCUGGAGUCAGAAGACCCAAGUUCAAAUCUAGCCUCAAGACACUAGUUGGGUGACCUUGGGCAAGUCACUUAACCCCUCUCUGCCUCAGUUUUGUCAGCUGUAAAAUGGGGAUCAUAAUCACACCUAUUUUCAGGGUUGGUAUAAGAAUCAAAUGAGAUGUUUAUAAAGUGCUUAGUGCCUGGCACACAGUAGGCACUUAACAAAUGCUUGGUUCCCCCCCUCCCAAAAAAUUCUUUUAAUCACCUCAACUAAAACAAUACUUUCUGUUCAUUUUAUUUUUAAUUUGUAGUAGUGGUCAGUAAGGUAAAGGGAGACUAGAUAGUAUCUGUCAUGACAAUCUCAGUUAUGUAGCCUAACCUUUACCUGAAGCAGGAAUCCUCUCUACAACAUCCCUGACAGGUGGUCCUCCAGCAUGAAUACUUCUGGUGAUGGAGAACUUGCUGCUGCCAGAGUCAGCUCCUUCUACCUUUGGACAGCUCUAAGCUGCCGAAAAGAUCUGGAAACCCACAAGACCCAAAAGGAGUAUUUUUUCCUCAUUACUCUAGAAAAAUAUCUCCAAAGUAAGACACACAAGACAUUUUUUUUAUAAAUUAAUUUAUUUUUAGUUUUCAACAUUCACUUCCAUAAGCUUUUGAGUUUUAAAUUUUU